AUGGAUUAUGAUCUUCCAUUCGUGUGUCCUAUACUUUCGCCCAGAUUUUGCCUGGCAUCUACUUUAUGUCCAUGCUAUCUAUCUUCGAUAGUCUAUGCAAGGAUAUUCAGGAACAAAAGGUUUUCUGCAUUUGGGUUCUUUCUUGUUCCGUUCAGUGUAUAUGGAAUCCGAAGGUAUGUGCAAGACAAGCUUCAAUAUAGAGAGAGUUUUGAAACAAGUGCGAUUAAAAGCCUCUGCUGUUGUAAUAGCCUGACACAGGACCUACAUGAGAUGAAGAUAAGGAGGAUUUGGGUUUACAAGUUCCUUUCAGAGCCUAUUCCAUGUGAAGAUAGUGACCUGACGUUCUAA